AAAGAUACUCGAUUUUAAGCUUGCAGAAAUUUCGUAUUCGGGACUUGAGAUCUUUAGGUCAGGCAAGUAGGACGUGUAGAGAUGGCGUUGAAGGCUGUUUGRGUGCUAAAAGGAACCGGUGAAGUUACCGGGACCGUAUACUUUGAGCAGGAGGGUGCUGAUGCUCCAGUGAAGCUGACGGGAAAGAUCUUGGGUCUGACCCCGGGGGAACAUGGCUUCCACGUCCACGCCUUCGGAGACAACACCAACGGUUGUAUGAGUGCCGGACCCCACUUCAACCCCCACAACAAGACCCACGGAGSACCCACUGAUGAUGUUCGGCACGUAGGGGACCUUGGCAACGUGACUGCAGGAGCUGACAGUGUGGCUGAGAUCAACAUCCAGGACGAGAUGCUGACUCUCACUGGACCCGUCUCCAUCAUCGGCAGGACCAUGGUGAUCCAUGAGAAGGCUGAUGAUCUGGGAAAAGGAGGCAACGACGAGAGUCUGAAGACUGGCAACGCUGGCGGUCGCCAGGCUUGUGGAGUUAUUGGCAUCGCCCAGUAAACAGACACAAUCCCUUACUGGGAGACCUGGAACACACUAGCCUCUGCUUGAAGACCACCGUAGCUAUCUCCCCCCCCCUAUAGAAGGCUCUGUAAAAUACAUUUCUACCCCAACCCUCUACCUAUACCUCAUCUGACAGAACAGUGUGUCCCAAAUGACCCCCUUGUGUUUAUAUAGUGCACUACAUUUGAACAGGGUCCGUAGGACUCUGGGGCCCAUAGGACUCUGAUCAAGAUUAGUGCACUAUAUUAUAUGGGUUAGGGUGCCAUUAUGGGACAGAGACCCUGGGUUCUGAGGGCUUUGACUCGGAGACACACAGCCAGGACGUUGAGGUUGCAGGGGUGACCCAAAUGACUCCCUAUUUAGACCAGAGCCAAUCUGGUAGUAGCUCUCCCCCCCCCCCGUGCCCUCUGAUAGGCUAGGUGGAAGUUUCAACAUAUUGCUUGUACCUAUUAAUAAAAUUCAGAUCAAUUGCUCUACGACGCAGUGGCUAGGGGUUGUUUUGGUUUCUAAUGUCCGCAGAAUAUAAAGAGCUUAUUAAAAGUUCGCUAUCAACCGGUAUAUCUGUUGGUCCUGCUAAGACUGUCGUUGCUUCCUGUCUAUAUGUGAUUCGUAUUAUUCUGUUGUACGCUGUCCCAAAGCAGUGAACAUGUUAUACAUUUUUUUGUGAGUCGGAAAUGGCACCCUAGACCCUCUGUAGUGCUCAACUUUUUUUGAUCAUGGGGCAAUUUUGGACACAUUCAUUUUGAUGUUCACUGAGUACCAAGCUGCCAAAUAAAGAAAUACAUUGUCAUUGGU